AUGAGCUUCAAGGGCUUUCAGAAAAGCGUCAUCCGGGCACCGCAACAAAUCAAGGCCAAAUUCAACGUCGGCGAACACACCAAAGACGCUGUGUACAUCGACUCCGAGCGCCGCUUCCAGGAACUCGAGACCGAAACAAAGAAGCUCCACGAUGAAUCCAAAAAGUACUUUGAGGCCAUCAAUGGCAUGCUCUCUCACCAGAUCGAGUUCAGCAAGGCCAUGACCGAAAUCUACAAGCCCAUCUCUGGUCGCGUAUCCGAUCCAGACUCGCUCGAGGUCCAGGGCAACCCGGAAGGCAUCCGCGCCUGCGAGGAAUACGAGGCCGUCGUCAAGGAGUUGCAGGAAACGCUUUCCCCAGAGCUGGAGAUGAUAGAGACUAGGGUUAUUCGCCCAGCUACCGAGCUGCUCGAUGUCAUCAAAGUGAUACGUAAGACGGCCCUCAAGCGAGAACACAAAAAGAUCGACUAUGAUCGCCACCGCACCAACCUCAAGAAGUUGCAGGACAAGAAGGAACGUAGUGCAAAGGAUGAGAAGGCCAUGUGGAAGGCUGAAGGCGAUGUCGAGACGGCCACCCAGGACUUCAACUACUUCAACGACUUGCUGAAGGAUGAGCUCCCCAAGCUGUUUGAGCUUGAGCGCCAGUUUAUCCAACCCCUCUUCCAGUCAUUCUACUAUAUGCAGCUCAACAUCUUCUACACACUACACGAAAAGAUGCAGCAUUGCGACAUUGGCUAUUUCGACCUGACGCUGGAUAUCGAGGACGCCUUUAACGAGAAGCGUGGCGACAUCCAAGAGCAAGCAGAAGCCUUAUCAAUCGUCCGCUUCAAGACGACAGGCCAACGGAGACCCGUCAAGUACCAACCCCGUCCGACUCUCGAGGGCCCCAAGACCCAAGCGCUUCUCACCCAAGGCGAGGACGAGAAGGCCACCAUCUCCCCAAGCGCUCCCAGCCCGAGCCUUAAAGUGGGCACCUUCCAGAGGCAAUCCGAGAAGGCUGAGCCGAGCCCUCCACCGCCGUAUUCUCCUCCUGCUGGAGGUAAAGCCGGUUUUGCUGCUGCCAUCGCCGCUAAGAAGUCGAAGCCGCCGCCACCAAAGCCAAAGCCGAAGCCGAAGGGCCUGAUCGCGGCCUCGGCUGCCGAGACUGUCACAGCCCUUUACGACUACGCGGCGCAAGCCGAGGGCGAUUUGAGCUUCCGGGCGGGCGACGUAAUUGAGAUUGUGCAACGAACGCAGAAUGACAAUGAGUGGUGGACGGGAAAGCUCCAAGGCAGAGAGGGCCAAUUCCCAGGUAUGUGA